AUGCUCGCUUUGCAUAUAUUUACAUUCGCAAUAGCAAUUUUUCUAUCUGUUGAUGCAUUACCCCAUGACAAACCUAAUGUGCAUACAAUUCCACUAAAGUCGAAAUCAAUCACUCGUCGCAGGCUUUCCAGACGAGCAAUUGGAACCAUGCCAGUAGAACAACAAGAACCAGAUAUUGCUUAUUUUGGACAAAUUACCUUUGGCACGGGCACCCCACAGACUUUUGAUAUACAAUUUGAUACAGGAUCAGGCGAUUUAUUUGUUUUUGGUAAAAAUUGUGAUUCACCUGCAUGCGAAGAUCAACCUAAAUAUGAUUCAGAUCUUGAUACAUCUUUCAGUCCAAUCGAUGGAAAAGCUUUCGCAAUCGAAUACGCUGAUGGCACAGAAGCAAAGGGGGAUUCAGCCAAGACCACUAUUGUAAUAGCGGGUAUUUCGGUACAAGCACAAGAGUUUGGAGUGAUUAAUGAAAUUUCUGAUGAUUUUGAACACCAAUAUGUGGGUAUAAUAGGGAUGGCAUUUAGCGAAGCAAGUUCAAACGAACAAACCACACCAAUCACGAACCUUAUAAAUAAUAAACAACUCGAUAAUCCACAAUUCUCUUUUAUGCUUGGGAGAGAUGCAGAUCAAUCACCAAGCGAAUUAACAAUCGGUGGGAGUAAUCCAGAUAGAUACCAUGCUGAUACACUUACCUUUACACAUCUAGUAGAAGAUAAUGGCGGUUUAUGGAAGAUCCCUAUUGAUAACUGCGUUGUCGAUGGCGAUGAAUUAAAUCUCGAAGGACGUACUGGAAUUAUUGAUAAUGGGGCCACACGAAUAAUUUUGCCACCAGAUGAUGCUAGUACAUUUUAUGAUGAAAUUGUCACUGCUAUAGACAAUGGAGAUGGGACCUACGCACUACCUUGUGAAGAACAACAUGAAAUUAGUCUGGUAUUCGGCGGUAAGACUUGGAAUAUAGAUCCUAGAGAUUUUACAGUUGAAAUAGAUGAAGAUGAUUGCAUUGGAGCUGUUGUUUACGAUAAUACUGGAUCGGAUACAGAAUGGUAUAUUGGCAGUGCAUUCUUAAAGAACGUAUACACCAUUUUUGAUCAAGGCAAUCGUCAAGUUGGAUUUGCCCAAUUAGCUUAA